AUGGACAGUUGGCGUAGAAACGAGGUGGUCAUGAUGUUAUGCCUGAUCCGUGUGGGCAUAUACAUCAGAAUGCCUGUUGCUCCUUUCGUUGUGUGUAUAUUACAUGAUGAAUGGACCAAAAGAAAUGGCCAACAAUUACAUGGACAAAAGUCUGGUUCAGUUGACUAACAUUAAAAGUAAAGUAGAUUUAUACUUAUAUGUGUGUGUGUCUCACAAAAAGUCGGGGAUAUUUGGCUUUUGGGUGAAAUUUCAGGACGACCUAAAAUGCACUUUUCAGGUGAGCUUAAUGUGACCUCUAAACUUCUGAAUGCGCAUGUCCAGCUGUUCAGUGUUUCAGGAGUUUCUGCACAACUUGCUGUUCUCUAACAAGGAGCUUAAUGAGGGUGGUGGUGGUGGUGUUACAGUGUGGUGUCCAGUCAGUACAGAACUGCCCUACACUUUGUGAGCGGUACAGUGACCCAGUGGCCCAAACUACUGAAUAACAUCACUAAUCCAGUCACUGCGCCUCUGCACGAACAACACAGGCCUCAUUUCAUCUUCAUGGACGACGACGCUCCAGCUCAUCGAGGUCGCAUCCUUAGGGAACGGCUGCUGGAGACCGGGGCACCUCAAAUGGAGCGGCCUGCACUUUCUCCAGACCUCAAUCCCAUAGAAAACCUAUGGGAUCAGCCGAGUCGCCGUGUAGAGGCUCGUAACUCUGUACCCCAGAACCUCGGUGACCCGAGGGCCGCCCUUCAAGAACAGCGGGACGCUGCGCCUCAGCAGACGACGAGUCGACUGGUGAACAGAUGAGACGUCGCUGUGAAGCUGUAGUUGAUGCUCGAGGGCGAUUGGCGAGUUAUUGAGACACCGAGACUGUUUGUUGGGGUGAGUUAAACCCACCACUGCGGUCGGCUUUUGUUUCAGUUGCUGUUUGAGACGAGGAAAGAAAACACCACCGCGUGCUUCUACCUGAACGCCCUGCUUCCACGAUAUAACAUCACUGCAGCGUGAACUUCUCACUUCACCCGAAAGCCAAAUAUCCCAAACUUGUAUACACACACACACACUAUAUAUAAUGUGUGUGUGUUCAUAUGUGUGUAGAAUCUUUUUUGUAUUCUAGAUUUUUUUUCUCCAUAAUCGACAAGACAGGUCCACUGGAUGUUCUUUGCAGACCAGAGAGCUUCACUGAGGAGCACAUUUCUGAAACGUUAUUAUAUUUCGUCGUGUGAGGGCUCCACUUCAUCCACAGAUCAUGCCACUAGGACCUCGAGGCUGAAGGGAAAGCAAGACGCGGACGCCUCUCCCUGCAUGAGCUUCAGCUGAGGUUCUGCGCUAAUGGGACUUCGUGAAAAGCCAACUUCUCAAAAUGCUCCCGCUCGUUCGUGUGGCGUUAGCUUUAGUGGUCGCCACGAGGGCAGGGGUCGUCAGAGAGUGCGUUGAACUGAAUGGAGCGGCUUACAGAGGAGUGAAGAAGACCAGCUCCUCGGGAGAAACCUGUUUAAACUGGCUCAACACAAGCGGCACGUACAACCUGACCAUCGACCUGGACAGCAGCUCUGGACAGUGGGAUCACAGCUACUGCCGUAACCCCGACGCCUCCCCGAGGCCGUGGUGCUUUGUGUCCACUGAGGAUGGCGUUAAGAGGCGAGACUGCAUAAUAGACUCAUGCCAAGAUCAGAGAUCUGAGGUAGAGGCUGAGGCCGAGGCCGUGUCCUCUGCUGAGGGUCAGACGGAGCCACAGAGCGUCCAUCCGCCAAGAGAAACUGUCGCAGUGAAACCCGACCCAGGCGUCAGCCGCAGAGUCAGCCUCGGAACCAGCAGGAAAAAAGACCUGGGAGCACUGGGCUAUGCACUAGGAGCUCUUCUCAUGGCAGUCAUUGUGCUGUUGGGGGCAGGAAUAACUGUUGGAUACGUCUACCGGAAGGGUGUAAAGCUGAGGCUGCAGCAGGAGCAGAGAGCCUAUGAGCAGGAAAUGCACAGAAUUAACCUCCCCCUAUCAGCUUUCACCAACCCGGCCUGCGACCUCACUGACGAGCAGCCCGUGGCCCCCAGCGUCCAGCAGACAGGAGAGAAGGAGGAGAAAGAGGAACCCACUGAACUACAGACGAACACAUUUGAGUCUGAUAGAGAGAACAGGCCAGAGAAAGUGGAGUGAUUUAGUGGGUGACCCCCCCCAGCUUUCCUCAGGGAAGAGUCUUGAAAGAAGCUUUCAGUCUGAAUAUUAUUGUGGAUGAAUGUUAAGCCCAUCAGAGUAAAAGGUAAUGUGGUUCAACAUGACUCAGACCUCUCAAAUGAAAACGGGACACAGCGGAGGCCGUUUUUUGGUCAGUAAGAGAUGUGCAGUGGUGGAUGAAGUACACAAACAAUGUACUUGAGUUAAAGUAGGCAAAAUAUUCCUCCAGUAAAAGUAGAAGUUCCUCUCUUUAGACCUCCACUUGAG